AUGGAAGCGAAGCCCGAAGCUCUGUGUCGGGUCUGCGGCGACAAAGCAUCAGGGAAGCACUAUGGAGUGCCCUCCUGCGACGGCUGCAGAGGCUUCUUCAAGCGGAGUAUACGACGUAACUUGGACUACGUGUGCAAAGAAAAUGGGCGGUGCGUUGUGGACGUGAACCGUCGGAACCAAUGCCAGGCCUGUCGCUUCUCUAAGUGUCUUCGCGUCAAUAUGAAGAAAGAUGCGGUCCAGCACGAACGCGCGCCUAGACCGAUAACCAACCACCAGCAGCUAGCGCUACAAAAGCUAGGCUACAACUUGACCCGUCAAUCGUUUCCCAACUCACCACUUCCUUCAUCCAGCUUCUCACCUUUUCACACAUAUCGAACAUUACCCGAUCGCCAUCACAUUCCUUUUAUAGAAAAUACACUGCAAGACUUUUCCCGACUUCCCGAAGGCACACUCGCAGAAGUACCUCAGCUUAGUCCACUAAUAUCGACUCCCACUUCUCUCAGCUCUGUAAAUCCUUUCAAGAUCCCGAUAUUCCCGACGCCACUUCACUACCCGAUGCCGCAUCCCGGAUAUUUGCCGACAAAUAUUUUCUAUCCUCCCAUAAUAACAUCGGACACCUUGCACGGGUUGGACUUCACAGAAUCCUCAGUCAAUUCUCUGAAGUACUCGCCAACUUUUUAUAUCAAUUCUGACAAACCGGACUCGCAGAAGGUGGAAAAAAUAAAAGACGAUGAAGUGUCUAGCUCUGAGGAGGCGCGCAAAAUUGAAACUAGCGAUGAUAGAAGCAAUGCACAAAAAGAACACAUCCCACCAUCAAUUAAUUUCGAGAAUUCUGUGAGCCAAUAUACAUCCAAAGACAAUGAUGACCCAGAUUCUGACAGCGACAAAAUUCCAGUCUCCGUGGAUAACCGAGUUGUCGAAAAAGGUAGAAGUGUGAAUCAAGCAGAGAGUACUAUAAGAUUUGAUGAGACAUCUAUGCCAGUACAGCAUAUAGAUUUCAGCAAUGAGGAAUUGUAUGCACCAGCUGCGAAAUUACUUGUGGGAGCAAUCAAGUGGCUGCACACCAUUUCUCCAUAUAGACAGAUGACAUCAAACGAACAGACCUGUCUCCUUAUCAGUAAUUGGAAGGAACUAUUUAUUUUAACAGCAGCGCAAUGUUCGUUUUCAUUUGAUCAGGAACACCUAUCGUCCGCAUUAAUUUCGAAGCGGCCAAACAUAAGAGAUGAAAUCAAACAAGUCACAUUGCUUUUGAAAAAAAUAGUUCGCUGCCGACCAGACAAGUUAGAAUACGACUGCUUGAAAUCCGCCCUUCUCUUCAGGACAGAUUUCAUAGAUUGUCUAACGUUUUCUCACGUUGAAGUCCUACAAGAGCAAGCGCUUAUACACCUCCAAAGGAACUGUGCUAACAAGGACGCAUCCCGCCUCGGCAGGCUCAUGUUACUUCUGCCCAGUAUCUGUCGUAUCGCCAACUUGGGCAUUCUAGAACAUUUACUUUUUUCAACGACGAAAACCGAAGACAUCAAUGGAACACUCGUCCGUAUUUUGAAAUAUACCACGUUCUAA